UUCCCCCCAUUUUAAUCUACUCCCCUAUACAAUGUGUGUCGGCGAGAAUAACGCGCCCCAGGCCCAGCACUACCUCAACGCACAGCUUGGUGCCCUCUACGAAAACGCUGUCGGAUGUGUUGAACGACACGGAAAGGGCUUGCAGCCCGAUGCCGACCAUAAAUACUCUUUCGCGCCUGCCGAGUUCUAUUAUGGCAAGCACCGCCGAGGCCAGGCCUCAAAGGCCGACAUGAUGUUUUACACCUCGUUCGGCAAACCAAAACUCGAAUUCAUCUGUAAUCACGACGUGAUUAUCCGCCUCACCCUCAAGGAGGGCCAUUACAAUACCGAGUUCUCAAAAGGCAACGCGAACCCUGCCAUCAUCGAAAAGAACAAGUCCUUCAAAGAAGCCGAGAUCGCCUUUCGCGUGCCAUUCACUGUCGAAGCUUUCCCUGGCCAGGCCGUUGGCCUCGCUGGCAGCGACAAUGUCAUAUCUCUCGUUAUCCUGAACUUUCCUAAGGCCCAGCUCGUUCAGAUCAACUCCGAGCUUGAAGUCGGUCGACAGGCUCUCGCGUUCUACCUGAGCGAGUACCUCUUAGUCCUCCAGAGCGCGGGCAACCACGUCCUCUUCUCCCUCCCCGACUUCGACGACGACCGUCGCCGCCUCUUCAUCGACUUCUCGACAUACGCACGCAGCCUGCUCGACGUCGACGAGAUUUACGACAUCUCGGUCGAGAAGAUCAACACCUUCCUGUCGUCGUCGUGGCUGAAAGCGGCUAUGCUUGCAGGUGGCAAGAACGGCCCCUCCGCCGACCACGCCGCGCUCUCCCUCGCUGAGUACCAGAGCAACUGGUCCCUCGACGAGAGCAGCAACACCCACUUCCACAUCAAACUUGGUUCGCCUCGCAUCAAAGCCCUGUGCAACCAGGAGGUCGUCCUCUACUUCGUCAUCGACGAGGUUCUAUUCUACGACUCCAAGGACUUCAGCGUUGCUGCUAAGCAGACCUACCAGAACUGGGAACUUGCCCUCCUCAUCAACGUCGUCUACGAGAAAGAGGAAGAAGGCAAGGUCACUCGCUGCAAGCUUGACUUCAAUUCUUGCCGCUUCAUGCGCCAGCUCUGCCAGUGGGCCGACUUCGACCAGACCAACGAGGACGCGCUCCGCUAUGUCCAGAAGCUCGUCGACUUCUUCACCGGCGAGUACCUAGAUGUCCUUGAGCAAGCGCACUACAACGUCGUCUACCACUACGACGAGCGCUGGCCACCUCUCUCCGGCGUCCCAGAAGCUGAGCACGAGGAGAUUGAGGCCGAGGAUGCCGAACUCAUCGACGAGGAGAGCGACUCCGAGGAUGAAGAGGAGGUUGUCAAGGGCGACGUCUCCACCUAUCGGGAGCUUGGCGCGGGCGGCGCGACCAUUGUCGAGGGCGUCGCUGCCUCUGCCGCCGCAGGCGCUGCUGCUGGUGUGGCGAUCAUCGAGGGCUCUGACGCGGCUGCCUCCGCUGCAGGUGCGGAGGCCGGCAAGGCCGCCCGUCGCGCGCUCACAGCCAAGGCCGGGCCCGUGACCCCUCGCGUGAUCAGGCAGGGCACCGUCUCGCGCACGCCCGAGGGCAAGACGAUCCUGACGAAGCACAACGGCACAGUGGUCGAAUACGUCUCGAAGGCGGCCGCGGUGAAGGAGCUCAUCGAGAAGACGCACACGCACGGCUUCGACCACGUCUCGGCUGUAUCGCAGGCGUCGAUCAACGCGUGGUUCAAGAGCCUCUGGUCCGUGGCGAGCACGAGCAAGAGCACCGUCGACUCUCUCCUCUCGCGCUUCGCGUAUGAGCAGUACUUCUCCACCAAAUUCCAGGCGCCAACCCUCCGCCUGCUGAGCAACAACCGCGCGAUCAUCUGGCUCCACCUACAGGACGGUUGGCUCAAGACGCUCAAGAACUGGCAGCCCUGGAACGAGAGCGAGGCGUACAAGUUCGACAACUGGCGCCUCGCGUUCGAGGUCGAGCUCAAGCUCGCCGACAGCGACAAGCUCCAGGGUGUCUCUACUGCUUGGAACGCAAAGCUCGAGGACUCCUUCGCCUACAAGCAACACGGCAAGAAGGACGACCGUGUACUCAAGCACAUCUACCUCGACUUCAAGACUGCCGAGUUCAUCCACGACCUCUCUAGCUUCGACGGUCUCUUCCACAGCCACGAGAAGCGCCCCAUCGAGAAGGUCCAGGCUCUCGUCACCUACCUGCGCGAAUACUACUUCUCGCAGAUCAUCGCCACCGGCACUCAUGUGCUCUACACGCUCCCAGUCUUCAAGGCCGGCGCGUCGCUGCCUUCGGCAAACGCGCUCACGGACUUGACAUUCCAGAUCUACUCCAAGAUCGCGUACGACCGCCGCAACUGGGCUGCGAUGGCCAAGGAGGGCGAGCCGGCGCUGCUCAUCCUCGGCAUGACGCAGUUCCGUGCGCUGCCGGCGGCGAAGAUCGAGUGGUCCGGGAGCUGGAUCGCGAACAGCACACGGAGCGUGUCGUACGGCACGGUGUGCCUGAGCAAGCAGAUAUUCCUGCAGGAGCGCCUGCUCGGCCUGCUCGCGAAGGUGAACGGCGAGACGACGGUCUCGAGCCAGCCGUUCCGCCUCGAGUGCAAGGGCGCGUGGAAGCUGCAGCUGACGACGUGGGCCGCGAAUGAGGACCGCAAGAAGUGCGUCUGCACAUGGAAGUUCGACGGCGAGGCCGACGGCAUGCUCAAGUACAAGUGGAUCCACCGCGACGGCUGGAAGUACGAGCAUGAGGGCACGACCGACAUCACCAAUGGCACCUACUGGGUCGACUGCCAUACCGUGAACUACCUCGAAAUCCCGACCACCUUCACGAACGGCCAGCUUGAGAUCAAGCUCCGCGGCGACGUCAAGGUCAGCCUCGGCGUCGACGGCGGCGCUCAAAAGUGGAGCACCAAGUCCGGCGCGAGCUGGCGCACCUCGAUCUGCAUUGGCACGAGCGAGGACGGGCUGAAGGUGAGCGUGCCGGCGCCGCCGGUGCCGGUGUACUUGCCGGCGUCGACGAUAGGCGAGGCGCUGCCCGCGUUCUGGAACGACCCCGAGGCGCUCCUGCGCGCGCACCUCCCGCAGACGGUCGACCUCGGCGACGUGCUCGGCCUCUUCCGCACCUUCGAGGGGACCUACACCGGCCUCUUCCCCGGCACAUCCGCCUUCACGCUCGCGAACCCCGCGUUCAACAAGGACGGCGACGUCCUCUUCGAGCUCGUCCCGCACACGCAGCUCAGCGCAUCCGCGCCCCUCGUCAGCAAGGCCGCCGCGCGCGCGGCGGGCACCGCAGCGGCGCGCGACCACCGCACGUAUGCGUCCUCGGUGCGUCCGCGCGGCGAGCAUCGCAGCCUGUCCCUCCUCCAGCGCGUGAAGAACAAGCUCACGGGCGACCAUGACGACGAGAAGCACCGCCACGCGGACGGCAAGCCUGCGAACGGCAGCGCGUCCCCCGCAGCACCGAGCCCCGUGACUCCCGCUGUCGAGAGCCCCGCAGCGUCGCCGCCCACCCCGCCCGCGGCGAAAGGGGGCAGAAAGGAUGCGAAGCCUGAGAAGGCUUGAGCUACUUGUUGGCACGGCCCUCGUGCUCGCCGCGCCGCAGGUCAUGUUCUGGUGUUUAAUUGUGGUGUUAAUAUUGUACGCAUGUAUGUGCAGACGGAUGUAAACUCUUCCUACUCUAUGGUCCCUUUUCCAAUGUCG